GGCGGGGGGGGCGGGCGGAGGGGGGAGGAGGAAGAGGAGGAGGAGGGCGGGGGCCAUGGCGGGGCCGCCGCCGCCGCCGCCGGGCCCGGAGGCGCCGCGGUACCAGGAGUGGAUCCUGGAUACGAUCGAUUCGUUACGCUCGCGGAAGGCGCGGCCCGACCUGGAACGGAUCUGCCGCAUGGUGCGGCGGCGGCACGGCCCCGAGCCCGAGCGGACGCGGGCCGAGCUGGAGAAGCUCAUCCAGCAACGGGCCGUGCUCCGCGUCAGCUACAAGGGCAGCAUCUCCUACCGCAACGCCGCCCGCGUCCAGCCGCCGCGCCGCCCGCCGCCGCCGCCGCCCGCCCGCCGCGCCGAGCCGCCCGUCAGCCUCCGCGACGCCGCCCGCUACCUCGGCGGCGACGGCCGCCUGACCCGCGGCCGCUUGCAGGGCUCGGCGCUGCCGGCCGACGGCGGGCUGGGAGCCGCGGGCGGGCCGUGCGGCGGCGGCGGAGGGAGCGGCUCGGGGCCCGGCGCCGGAGGAGGAGGAGGGAGCGGCGGCGGGCGGCUGGAGCGCACCCGGCUCGCCACCAUCGCCAUGGCCCGCGCCGAGAGGGGCCGAGGGGCCGCCGGGAGGGCCCGGAAGCCCCCCCGCGGCAGCACCGAGAUGGCGCGAGAGGAGGAGGAGGAGGAAGAGGAGGAUGAGGAGGAGGACGGGACGGGCUCGGAGGCCUCAGAAGAUGGGGGGGCCCCCCGGCAACUGAACGGCGAGGCCCGGGGGGGCCCCCCCCCCCAAACUCGCCACCCCGGGCAGCCCCCCCCCGAGCGGCCCCCCCAACCCAAGGCCUGUUCACCGGGGGAGAGCGCCUGCCAGCACCUGGCCCCCCUCAAAAAAGAGGGGGCGUUCGGGCAGCCCGACAGAGCAGUGUCCCCAGCGCUGGCGGGGGCCGAGCCCUCGGUGCACUGUCCCCAGGCCGGCCGGGGCCACAAGCGGCCGACGGGACCCCCUUUGGCUGCGCGAGGAAGGAGAAGGCGGCAGACCCCGUGGAGUGGUCGGUGCGGGACGUGGUGGAUUAUUUCACCGAGGCCGGCUUCCCCGAACAAGCCACCGCCUUCCAGGAGCAGGAGAUCGACGGGAAGUCCCUGCUGCUGAUGCAGCGGGCGGACGUGCUGACGGGUCUGUCCAUCCGCCUGGGCCCCGCGCUCAAGAUCUACGAGUACCACGUGAAGCUGCUGCAGCGCAGCCACUUCCAGGAGGACGAGCCCCCCCGGAGCCCUUCCCCGCCUGACAGCACCCCCAAAAUCCACGGGGGGGCACCCCCAAAUCCGCUGGGGACACCCCUACAUCUUGGGGGGGGCCACCCCGGUAUCCGGGAGGGCUCCCCCACCCC